UCACUGCAAAGAGAGAUGGAUGAAAAUCAGAAGAGCUUUACUGAUCUGAUACGGUGCAUUGAGGAAGACCACAGGAAACUGACUGAGAGGAUCAGAGAACAAGAAAAGAGAGAAAUGGAGAUGGCUGAAGGAGUCAUGGAGCAACUGGAGAAGGAGAUUGAGGAGCUGAAGAGAAGAGAAGCUGAGUUGAAGGAGCUUUCAGAGACCAAGGACCAUCUCCACUUCCUGCAGACUUUCUCAUCUCGCUGUGUCCUUCCUGCUGAUGGAGACUCGCUGAGCUUCACUGUCACCGCUGAUUUCAUUGCUGAGGACCUGAGAAAGGAGCUGUCAGGUCUGACAAAGAGUGUGGAGAGGAUCAGCCGGUGGAUCAUCAUGACAAGGACUCCAUCGGCUCAUGAAGCUCCAGUUUUCACCCUCCAGCCUCCUGAACCUCAGAGCAGAGACGACUUUUUAAAAUACUUCUGUCCCCUCACACUGGACAUCAACACGGCACACAGACAACUCUAUCUGUCUGAAGGGAACAAGAAGGUGACAUGGGAGUGGACAAAAGCUGAAUAUCCUGAUCAUCCUGACAGAUUUGACUACUGGGAACAAGUUCUGUGCAGAGAGGCUCUGACUGGGACGCGCUGUUACUGGGAGGUGGAGGGCAGUGGAGACUUCAUCGAGAUUGGAGUCGCAUAUAAAGGACUGGGCAAGAAAGGAAUGGGGACUGGCCUUGGACACAGCAACAGUUCCUGGAGUUUGCGUUGUUUUAAUUCCCAGUACUCUUUGUGUCACAAUCAUCAGUGGACUGUAAUCAGCGCCCCCUACAGCCCCAGAAUAGGUGUGUAUCUGGACGGGCCUGCUGGCUCUCUGUCAUUUUAUAGCGUCUCACACACAAUGACCCUCCUGCACAGGUUCAACACCUCCUUCACUGAGCCCCCCUAUCCAGGGUUUUAUGUUGGUCCUGACUCCAGUGUAACAAUCAGCCAUCUGACACCAUAUGACCACUGACCAGUACCCUCCACCGGUCACUUGAUGUCCCCACAAGCGCAGGUCCUCUUCGCGUUUGUAGUUUAGGGUGAAGUUAAAUUCUCAGGAUGGGUGGAUUGGUGGGUCAGCACCUCUGUGAUUGAAUUUGUGGAUGAGAAUGCGGGGCGAGUGCGGCUGUCAGGGUCUCCAUUAUUAUUGGGUUUGAGUAGCCAAUCAGGUGUGUGUGUCAUAAUGAGGGGCGGAGACCCCUCAGACCUACAAAUACCAGUCUGACCAGCAGGGGUCACUGUUUGAUUCACAGCCACAUAUCCUUCAGGCUGACACCCCAAACAACUACUGUGGCCCCCAAGUUUCACUGAAUGUCACCUGUUAAGUAGGACAGGCAUGUGGUCCUGCUGGAUCAGCACAACUGAAAGGCGUUAUACAGACUCAGUAUGGAGAGCUCUUGAAUAGUGACUAUAUAUAGGAGCAGAGAGUGACAGAGGGGACUGGAGUGUUGUCCACUCACCAGACAUUUUGUGAUCCUCCAUUGGUCACUCAAAGGGUCCUUCACUUCAGAAUGAAUUCACUGUGAAUGUCUGAAGAUGAGGACUCACCGGUCAGUCAGAUGUCGGCCAUACUGACAGAGUUUGGUGUUUUAAUUGAUGUCACAUUAAACUUUAAACUGCACCUCCUCCUUGUCCCCAGAUUUGUCACUCUUGGUACCCUGAAAGCUCCAACAUCUUCAAAAAUGAAUUCUUGGUCAGUUGGCACACACUUGACAUGGGUGCACAUGUGUGGCUUUGCAGUGGACUGGCACCCCGUCCAGGGUUGGCCCACCUUGUCCACAAACCUGAAAUUGAAAAGCAAAUUAGAAAGACAACGAAUGGACAGAAGGGGGUCACUGAUUGGUCAGUCGCCACACUACUGCCUCUUGUGGCCACUCUAAAUAUUACACAGCAAUUUAUACAAAAAGGAAAUCUAAAAGAUAAAAGCAGAAAGCAUUCAGUGAAAUCCUGAGCAGUGAAACAUGAAAGGAGAGAAUGAGAAACAAUCAGAGAGUCAGACGAAUGGAGACUUUAACAGGAGGACUGAGGGGUGGGACUGAAGUGCAGUGGCGCCCUCUAGUGGACACCCGCCAUAUUACACACAUGGGAGAGGGGGAGAAAAGAAUACAGUGCAGUGUAAAAGAAAUAAGAAUAAAGUAAAAACAAAAGAAUAAAACACCUGACAUAAAUAACUUUAAAUAUUAUAUCUAAAACGAAUUAAGAUUUAAUUGAAUUAAGAGCAAAAUAAGGGAGACACGAUCACACAGUCACAUGACCUUCAGAGCUGACAGCUGAGCUGAUUCUUCUGUAGCCAAACUGCCCCCCCUAGUGGCCACUCUCAAUAUUAAAUGAAGGGCAAGGCUGAGGGGGAGGAAAGAUUUGGGUUUGAUCAAAUGAAUAUUUAGUGCGGAUUUCUUAAUAUUGUCAUUACCUUUAAGGACAGUGCAGCUUUGUUAGGUUAUGGAAGAUUCUCUAUGGGAAUAGAACAUUUAUUUGAAUUAAUCCUUUUAAUAAUCAUUAUGUAUUAACAAAAUACAAAUCUAAUAAUUCUUUACAUUUUGUAUAAUAAACUCCCAAUGGUGUUUGGUGAAUAAACAAUAAAUAUGACUGACAUUUGUCAAAUCUGCUCAUCUGUGACCUUCUGACUUGUCACCACCUCUGGUCACAUCUCCUGUGUUGUCUGAUCUGAAGAUAUAACACUCCGUAUUGAUGAGCCAUUUCUUAAUAGCGCUGGAAAAGUCCGAAUAUGACAAUGGGGUGAGUGACAAAUAAGAUGUUGAUUUGGAUUGAAUAUUUGAUUUGUAAGUCUAGGAGUGAAAUCGAUCAUUUAGACCUGAGCAGUGCUCUCCAUUCCACAUCUGAGUGUCUGCGCUCUGUCAUGUGUCCCGUGUGCCCCUGUGUGUCUGCUGUGCCCUCGAAUGCCAACUCCAGCCUGACCCCCCCACACACACACACACAACUGAGAUGUUCAGUUACUAAUAAAGAUGGACAUUAAAUGGUGAAUUUGACUCUCAUGGACAACACAAGAAGCUGAAGUGCAUUGAGGACUGAAGUCAGCUGUGAUGUUUCAUUUUGGGUUUCAUUUCUGCUUUAAAUGAGUUUGUGUUUUCCUUUA